GCAGCCAUAGCAGCCUUCAAUCACCCAUCGUCACCCCACUGCUCGCUCUCACCAGAUGCCGCCGCCACCACCUCCGCCCUCCCUUCCCCCCUCCUUGCCACCGUACGCAGUGGGGGCCACCACCACCCCCCUUCCAUCUUCUUCUUCUUCUCUCUCUCUCUCUCUCUCUCUCUCUCACACACACACACACACACACACCAACAAAAAUAUAUACGGAGCUGGUUGUAACGCAGCAGCCACGGAUAAUUAUUAAUUAAAUUCAGAACUACCGCUGCCUCUCCAUCUCUCAUAGCUCACUGCCCCCUCUCCUUCUUGUUCAAGGCUUCUUCUUCUUCUUCAUCAUCAUCGAAUCUUCUUAUAAGCCUAUAUAUUCAUUACAAUUCUCUCAUCAAUCAUUGUCACUGUUCAGUUGUCAACAUCUCCAAACCUCAUCCUGCAACUUCAUUUUCUUUUCUGUAUCCUCCACGAAAUUCCGGGGAAAAAAAGUUUGGCAAACCAAACCCCCCCCGCCCCCCCCCCCUUUUUUUUUUUUUUUUAAUAUUUAAAAUAAUAAAAGACGCACCAAGAUUGAAGGAUUGUGGUACAUAUACAUGUACACACACAUAUAUAUAUAUAUGGAGCCCCACCAGAAGGACCAGCGUCGCCGUUUCAUUGGAGGUCUCAUCUGCAGCCGACUCUAUUAAGACCUUCGAUCCAUUUGUACAUAUCUGAAUAUCUAUUUCCAUCUAUUAUUCUAAUUCUCUCCAUCUAUUCUUUCUUCUUCUUCUUCUUCUUCUUCUUCUUCUUCUUCGUUUUUUUAAUCGAUAACUAUAUCAUGUCAUAUCAACAUAUCAAUUCGAUCUACAGAAUUAUAUCAGAUGGUUGGGAGUAUUAGUAGCAGCAGCUACGACUCUGCAUCUGGCGUCAAACGGAGAGCUGCCAAGAAGAAGAAGAAGAAGAAGGAGAUGAUGAUGAAGCGUUUCUGAUUGAUUAUAAGAAGAAGAAGAAGACGAAGAAGGAUGUACAGAGUUCAAUCACAAGCGGAGCACGCCCUGCAGGAUGCAGACUCAGAGUUUAAUUAUGUGGAAACGGACCCCUCUGGUCGCUACGGUCGUUUAGAAGAUGUUCUGGGAAAAGGGGCGACGAAAAUAGUGUACAGGGCAAUAGAUGAAGUGCAGGGGAUGGAGGUGGCGUGGAACCAAGUGAAGCUAAACCAUGUUCUGCGAACCCCAGAGGAAGUGCAGCGGUUGUACUCGGAGGUACACCUCCUCAGCACCCUUAGCCAUGAAUCUAUCAUCCAGUUCUACACCUCCUGGAUCGACCCUCAUCGCAAAACCUUCAACUUCAUCACUGAAAUGUUCACUUCUGGCACUCUCCGAGAGUACAGGAAGAGGUAUAGGAGGGUGGACAUCAGAGCCAUAAAGAGGUGGGCCCGGCAGAUCCUACGGGGGCUGGUUUAUCUGCACGGCCAUGACCCGCCGGUGAUCCACCGGGACAUCAAGUGCGACAACAUCUUCGUCAACGGUCAUCUCGGACAAGUGAAGAUCGGUGAUCUAGGCCUUGCCGCCAUCCUGCGCGGCUCCCAAUCUGCUCACAGUGUUAUAGGCACCCCAGAGUUCAUGGCACCAGAACUAUAUGAGGAAGAUUACAAUGAGCUGGUUGAUGUCUACUCAUUUGGUAUGUGUGUUCUGGAGAUGCUUACUGCUGAAUACCCUUACAGCGAAUGCACCAACCCAGCUCAAAUCUACAAGAAAGUGACUUCUGGAAAACUUCCGGCAUCACUACAUCUGAUUAAUGACUCGGAAGCACUAAGAUUCAUUAGAAAAUGCUUGGAGCCUGUUUCAAAGAGAGUACCUGCAAAAGACUUAUUGCUUGACCCAUUUCUUGCAUCUGAUGAAGUGGAAUUAGUUUUGCCUAUAGCAAAGCUUGAAAGUCAUCAAAAACCAUUUUUAAAUGAAUUGGGCAUAGAAAAACUGCAAAUUAGUGAUGACCCACCAAGGACCAACAUGACAAUUACAGGAAAAUUGAAUCCUGAGGAUGAUACCAUCUUCCUUAAAGUUCAAAUUGCUGAUAAAGAAGGUUCUGUCAGGAAUGUAUACUUCCCCUUUGACAUUGUAACAGACACUCCUUUAGAUGUGGCAACUGAAAUGGUGAAAGAAUUGGACAUCAUUGAUUGGGAGCCGCUUGAAAUUGCAGACAUGAUUGACGGAGAGAUCUCUGCUCUUGUACCAAAUUGGAAGAAACGGGAACUUCCUCACCAUGAUCUGUACCACACAUUUAACUACCACGAAGAUGAUGAUGGCCCACACCAUCCUCCCCACACUUUCUCCUCUCGUUCAUCAUCUCAAGCUUCACUUUUGGGUUUUGCCACCGCUCAGAGGACAGAUGAAAUGACUCAUGGCAAUAGUUGGCUCCAAGAUGAUUUGUUUGACGAUACAAGCUCACAGAGCUCGGUACGCUCCGGAAAAUAUUCCAGCUUGAAUUAUAAUUCCGGGAAUGAGCAUGAACCUGAUAUAAGCCUUACAAAAAAAGAUCUUCUCGCUGUCCCAAAAACCCAGAUGUCCACAAGGUUUUGUCCUGAAGAAAAUCAUUGCUGUAGUGUGAGGUCCUUGGCUCAAACUUGCUGUAACCAAUGCAGAUCUUUGCCGGAGUCUCAGGGAGCUUUAAGUUCCAAAGACAAGCGAGUAAUGGACAACCGAAGAUUAACGAGGAACCGAUCAUUUGUGGAUAUGCGAAGCCAACUGCUUCAUCGGUCCCUGGUAGAGGAGGUGCAUAAAAGACGGUUAUUUAAGACGGUUGGAGCAGUAGAAAAUAUCGGGUUUCAAUCACCUUAUGAGGCGUCAAAAAAGAUGUCGCAGCCCUUUGGUGGUUCCUCCUCAAUGAGAAACAUGAAAGAUGAUAUGGCGAAGGGGCAAAGACAUCAUAGAAGGGUUUAAUAUUAUAGAUUUCAUGUCUUGAUGUGGCCAGAAUAACUUCAAAACUUGAAGGAAAAGAAUCAUAUUGUCUCGAAAGAGGUACUAGAAAGUAUACAUGUCACAGGAUAGAGUAAUCUGGCAAUUUUAGCUGAUCUGUAUAAAAUUUUGUGGGUUCUAAGACUGUAAAAAUGUAUUUAUUUGACUUGUGAUGUGUGAGACAAUGAUAUGAAAUAAGGCAAGCUUGAUUUUAUAGGAGAUGAAUAAAGAGAAUAUUAAUUUUGUA